AUGGGCAAACAAUUGCCGCAAGUCUCAAACUCCCAGAAAGCACUCAAGGACAAGCUGAACAUCAUCAAGCAAGAUUUCAAUGAUACGAUCUUCAUGAAGAACACUGCCCACGCUACCUACUACGACCUCAAAGUGUUCGCGCGCCUGUGUGCUCUGGACAGGCCAUUCUUCGUAGAGGAGAUUGACGGGGUUCAGCAUGACAAGAACAUCAACAUCGCAGUGGAGAAGAAGCAGGGUCUUCAAGACAGUAAGGAGGCCCCAGCCCUGACGGCCGCCUUAAAAGCUCUGAUAAGGCUUGAUGUCUCGGCUCGUGAGAACAACGAGGCAACCAACACUCACGUUGAUUACAGACUAUGA